AAAGCACCACCCCUGCUUCCACGAUUGGUCCCCUCUAGGUUUGGAGAACUCUUAAACAUCUCGAAGAGCUAGGAGCCAGCAGAGUCCAAGUCAUCAGGCUGGGUACUCCUAGUGCAGACCCAAAAUGGAGCUCUUGACCCUCUAUGGUGUUUUGAUCCAGUACCUCCUCCUUUGCUACCCCUACCAUCUACUAACUUCAGCAGCUGCUAUCAAACUCCCAGAAGACGGAGAAUGCAGCAGUCAGCAGGGGCUCACCAUUACCCAUGUCUACAGUGUUCCUGGGGAAGACAAUGAGCAGCUAGAAACUCUACAAUCAGAUAAAAACAAUCUUGUGUUUCGUCAUCGUCUUCAGCUCCAGAACCCAGCUGCAGACUGUGAGAAAAACUCUUUAUUAAAAGACCUCUUGGCCCGGCUGCAGGCUAUGGAAGCAGACUUUAUUGAGAUGAAGGAGAAAUAUGAAUCUGAGAUGGCUGAGAUGAAGAGUGGCUUUGACGGAUGUUGUGGAGCAGGUCUUUUAGACAAAUGUAAUGGGAAUGGAAAGUUUGUACCUGCAUUGGGAAUCUGCCAGUGUGAUGAAGGCUGGGAAGGUCCUGACUGUUCCACAAGAAGCUGCCCAGGCAACUGUGGUGAAAAUGGCGUGUGUCUUGACGGUGUCUGCCAGUGUGCGGAGGGCUUUACUGGUGAUGACUGUAGCAUUAAAAAGUGUGCCUUUGACUGUGGCAAGUUUGGAACCUGCGUGGACGGUGUCUGCGUUUGCAUUGAGCCAUACGGAGGCCCUGCUUGCAGAAAGAAGAAGUGUCCCGUUGACUGCAGCCCCCAUGGUAAAUGCGUUGAUGGAGUGUGCCAGUGUUCACAGGGAUACACCGGAGCAGACUGCAAAGAAAAAAAAUGCGCCGUUGACUGCAGACCCAAUGGUAAAUGCGUUGAUGGAGUGUGCCAGUGUGCAGAGGGAUACACCGGCGUAGACUGCAAAGAAAAAAAAUGCGCUGUUGACUGCAGACCCCAUGGUAAAUGCGUUGAUGGAGUGUGCCAGUGUGCAGAGGGAUACACCGGAGUAGACUGCAAAGAAAAAAAAUGCGCUGUUGACUGUCGACCAAAGGGACGCUGUGUUAAUGGCGUCUGCGUCUGUGAUGAAGGCUUUAUUGGAGAUGACUGUUCCAUCGAAAUUGCUAGUCUUUGCAGUGGGAAAGGCAAAUAUGACUUGGCUAGUGGUACAUGUGUCUGUGAUGCCGGCUGGGAAGGACCAGACUGUUCUCAGCAGAUCUGCAUCCCGCCAUGUGGGGAAAAUGGCGAAUGUGUUAAUGGUGUCUGCGUGUGCAAUCCAGGUUGGGUUGGACUGACCUGCCAAGAGGAGGACUGCCUCGUCAAUUGUGGUGAAAAUGGGCGCUGUGAUGGUGGCCAGUGCUUCUGCGAGGAGGGCUUUUUUGGAGAAUCUUGUUCAGAAGUGUUGUCUGUGCAGAAUUUGCGUCUCAUCAGCACUACAGAGGACUCUCUGAACAUUGCCUGGGACCUGCUGGUGGAAGUGGAUUUCUACUACAUUACUUACUACCCGUUCGACGAUGAAAGUCAGAAAAAACAAAUUAAGGUUGCUGCAAACCAGGACUAUUACCAGAUCGGAGGUCUGAACUCCAGCACGUUGUACAAGAUACUUAUGUAUCAAGUGAAAAACAGUGUGACCAGCGAGCCUGCUGAUCUUCAAGGCAGAACAGGGGAUGCACAACUAGGAACCCUGUGGGUGACAGAAGAGACAGAGGACUCUUUGGAGGUGGAGUGGGAAAAUUCCAAUGUUAGAGCAGACUACUUUAAACUAUCCUAUGCCGCCCAAUCUGGUGGAGCCAAGACAGAGGUGCAGGUACCUCAGAGCAAUGACCCCAAGACCAGCUAUAUCAUUAAAGGAUUACGGCCAAGCACAACCUAUGACAUCAAUGUCCGGGCAGUGAGAGGAGCCGGGGAAGGAAAGGCCUCCACGGUUGUUGGUGUGACAGGAAUUGAUGGUCCCAAAAACUUGAAGGCAACAGAUGUGGGAGAGGACACUGCUACCCUAUCCUGGGAGGCAGCACGUGCACAGAUAGACAAAUAUAUAUUGACAUAUUCUGGACUUGAUGGGCACAGUGAGGAGGUGACCGUGGGCAAGGAUAAGACCACCACUUCAUUGACCGGCCUUACUCCAGGCAUGGAGUACAUCUUCCAUGUAUGGGCAGAGAAGGGCAGCAAGAGGAGCAGGAGGGCAUCUGUAACAGCUGUGACAGAUAUUGAUGCACCUACGAACCUGCAAGCCUCUGAAAUUACACAGACAGAAGCCACUUUGACAUGGACUCCCCCUAUUGCUCAAAUUGAUGGUUACAUACUAGUCUACGUGGAUGAGGGUGGCAAACGUCAGGAGGUUGAACUGGAUGCUGCAGCUAAGAGUUAUGAACUGAAGGGUCUGAAGAAAGGAGGUGACUACAAGGUCUACCUGGAGGCCUACAAAGGAGAGAGAAGGAGCAGACAGACCAUCACAUCAUUCUUUACUGUGUCUAUGGUCAUUACCUUCCCCGUGGACUGUGUCCAAGUUCGAAUGGCGGGCAACAGAAAUAGCGGAGUGUACACCAUCUACCCUGGAGGAGAGAACACAAAGGGCAUUAGAGUGUACUGCGAUCAGGAUACAGAUGGCGGUGGAUGGACUGUCUUCCAGAGAAGAACCACUGGAACACUUGACUUCUAUCAACGCUGGAGGACAUAUGUGGAAGGCUUUGGAGACCCAAGUGAUGAGUUUUGGCUUGGUCUGGAAUGGAUCCAUAAACUUACUUCCACCCCUGUGGCGUAUGAACUGCGUGUGGACCUCCGUAAUGAAAAUGAAUCAGCUUAUGCCGUUUAUGCCAACUUCAACGUGGGGACAUCUAAGGACAAGUACAAGCUAACCGUCAGUGACUACUCAGGAACAGCUGGUGAUGCUCUUACUUAUCACAAUGCAUUGAAGUUCACAACCUGGGACAGGGAUAAUGAUAUAGCUCUCACUAACUGUGCCCUCUCACAUCGUGGAGCCUUUUGGUACAAGAACUGCCACCUUGCCAAUCCCAAUGGACAGUAUGGAGAUAACCGUCAUAGCAUGGGUGUCAACUGGGAGCCUUGGAAGGGUCACGAGUUCUCCAUCGCAUUCAUCGAGAUGAAGAUGAGACCUAAAAACGUAUCUGCAGGAAUAGUAUAAAUGAAAUCGAGUACCCAUCUGCAUUAAGUUUUCAUUUUAAAUGGUAUAUUUUGUUGAAGUUGCAAUCAAAAAGAAUCAACAAGCAAAAUACUUACUGCUUAAUUUACAAGUGUUUUUGAUCAGUGGUUGGAUUGAGAUGCCCACGAUUUUAUUUAACAACAUUAUGUGAGCUCAGUCCUUGUUCUCCCUGGUCAUUUUAUUGGAGAUUGCCAUUUAUGAUGGUAAUAUGGAAAAGAGCAGAUUUAGUGCAAUUAUGAAUUGUGUUUUAGUGCAAAGAUGCACAGCCACUAUGUUGAGUCCUUUUGGGGGUGUUACAAUUAUUUUUGAGGGUCACAUUAUUUUAUUAAUGGCAGUUAUUCUUCCCGGAUAUGAGGAUUUUGGCAAUCUUAGGUAGCAAUUGACACCUGAUGGGUCUCCAACAUAUGAAAUAGCUAAGCCACUCAGUUUUAGACUUACUUACCUUUGAUGAUGAAUAUUCUGAAGUCAGGCUACUGCUUCAGCAAUCCUCAAGCCUUAGUUCUCCUUCAAUAUAUCCAUCACAACUUGGUAUUGUCUAAUAUUUAACCUUUUUUUUUUUGUUUAAGGUAAUUUAUUUAAGGUAAAAGCUGAGCAGCUUGACUUGAUAAAAUUACAUUUGUGUGUUCUUGUGUUGUACAUUGAGCUACCUAAAUCAGGAAUGGGGUUCUGUGCUGAGUGCACCAGUCAUUGCCCCAAGGUUAAAGCAGGAUGUGUAAAUAGUGUUUUUCUAAAGUGUCUUCUCUUGCUGGCAAGCUAACCGCUCACCUUAACAAUUAUAUGUGUUGUAUAUAGUUGUAUGCUGCACUACAAAACUACCACCUUUGUACUAAAAUUGAGAAAUAAAUACACUCAUUUCUAUACAA